AUGGUGUCGCAAACCGUCUUAACAACACCGCAGCAUCCCGGGCGGACCCAGCGGGGCUCCGAGAGCGAUAGCUCGUUGGAUGAGAUCGCGGAACAGAAGCAGAAGCUGUUCGUCGCAGCGCUGGGCAAGCAUGGCAAGGAUCUCAACGACUCCGCUUCGCCGAAGCGGUGGAAGAGCUUCUGGACUUCCUUCCGCUACCUCGCCAACCUGACGCCAAAGAAGGUGGACGACUUUAUGGCGUCAUACGUUAUUUACAACCUUGACUGGUCCAAUGAGCAGCAGAUGACCGAGGUCUUGGGUCCCAAUUACCAGGAGAAAGUUGGCGACUGCUUGAAGUCUUACUAUGGAGUGCUCAACCACCUAUGCGCACUGGGCGAUGUCGAGAAAAUGUAUAUUCCCCCUUUAAUGAGCCGCAAGGCGAGCGUCCUGGAGAACCAGAUCCUCUAUGAGCGCUCAAUUGCGCAUGAGAUUGGUCUGAGCGCCGGCGAUAAGGUGCUAGAUCUUGGCUGCGGGCGCGGGCGCGUCGCCGCCCACAUGGCGCAGCACUCCGGCGCCCAUGUUACCGGCCUCAACAUUGAUCCCAACCAGAUCGCCCAGGCGAAGGCCUUCAACGAGGACCGCGGCCUGCAGAACAACUUCAUCCAACAAGACUUUAACAGCCUUCCGCUGCCCUUCGCCGAUGAGAGCUUUGAUGCCUUCUACCAGAUCCAAGCCCUGAGCCUGUGCAAGGACUUGCCUGCCCUCUUCCGCGAAGUCUUCCGCGUGGUCAAACCGGGCUCCAAGAUCUCGCUUCUGGACUGGAUCAGUCUCCCUGCCUACGAGCCGAAGAAUGCCGAGCACGCCGAACUCAUGCGACGCGUCAAGCCCUUGAUCGGUGCUGUCGGCACUCCCACCCAGGAGAGCCUGGAGACGGCGCUCAUCGAGUCCGGGUUCGAGAUCAUCAAGUCCGAGAAUGCCAGCAUCGACGGCCUGCAGGCCCCGCUGAUUGACACUGUUGACCUAUACUUCCGCACGCUGCGCCAGGUCAUCCUCGCCCUGGUCAAGCUGCACGUGCUACCGCGCCACUUCAAGACUCUGAUCAACCGCCUGUGCCUUGAUGGCCAGGCCUUUGUCAAGAUGGACAACAUGCGCCUGGCCACGACGAGCUAUAGCAUCAUCGCGCAGAAGCCCCGAGCAUAA